AUCUUCCCCACUCUCACAUCAUUAAAGAACUUAAAAUCCUUAAGAGGCGCUCUUCAACGGUCCCUUUCCCUUUCAAACGGCUAUUUUCCUUUCUCUCUCCUCUCUCUUUCUCUCUCUAAAAACUUUUCAAGUUACUUACAUACACACUUUAACAAUUUCUCCAUCAAAAUUUCAAAACCAAAAAUUUCCUACUUUCCUCACAGUUUCCAAAAAAAACCUAACCCACGUUUUCUCUUUCUCGGGAAGAUCCCGAAUUGCUCACCUCCCUGCUAAGCAAGAAAAUUCCUUAGGCUAAAACGAAGUUCUUAUUCGACACAUUUCUCUUUCAGGUAGAAGAUGUCAAAUCUGCAAGUUGAUCCGCUUCAGCAAGUGGAAACAACAUGUGGAACCCUUUUAUACGAGCUUCAGAUAAUUUGGGAUGAGGUAGGGGAGUCAGACACUGACAGAGAUAGAAUGCUUCUUGAGCUUGAACAAGAGUGUCUAGAAGUUUACCGAAGAAAGGUAGAUAAAGCAAACCGUUGUAGAGCUCAGCUAAGGCAAGCAAUUGCAGAUUCUGAAGCAGAACUCGCAGCCAUCUGUUCUGCAAUGGGGGAACGUCCGGUACAUAUCAGGCAGUCUGAUCAGAAUGCUGGAAGCUUGAAGGAAGAGCUCAGAAAAAUAGUUCCACAGCUGGAGGAAAUGAGGAAAAGGAAAUCUGACAGGAAAAAUCAAUUCCUAGAGGUCUUAGAUGAGAUACGAAAUAUCUCAAAUGAGAUACAAGGAACUUUAGAAUAUAUCUCAUCCAAAACAGUUGAUGAAACCGAUCUAUCCUUGAGAAAGCUUGAAGAAUUGCACAGACAGCUGCACACCCUCCAAACAGAGAAGAGUGAUCGAAUGAAGAAAGUCCAGGACCACCUAUGUACAUUAAACUCUAUUUGCACAGUUCUUGGUAUGGAUUUCAAUCAGACAGUUAAAGAAGUCCAUCCCAGUUUAAGUGAUUCUGAAGGAUCUAAGAAUAUAAGUAACGAAACAAUUGAGAAGUUGGCUGCUGCAAUACAAAAGCUACGAGAGGUUAAACUACAGAGAAUGCAGAGGCUACAAGAUCUUGCAACUACGAUGUUGGAGCUUUGGAACUUAAUGGAUACACCAAUAGAAGAGCAACAGAUGUUUCAGAAUGUUACCCGUAACAUAGCUGCUUCAGAACAUGAAAUAACUGAGCCCAACACUCUUUCAAUUGACUUCAUUAAUUACGUUGAGGCAGAAGUGUCUCGGUUGGAAGAGUUAAAAUCAAGCAAAAUGAAAGAGCUCGUUCUUAAGAAGAGGUCUGAGCUGGAGGAGUUUUGUAGGAGGACACAUAUGGUCCUUGAAGCAGAUAGUGCAAUGGAAUAUGCCAUUGAAGCUAUAGAGUCUGGAACUGUGGACCCUGCUUAUGUCCUUGAACAAAUUGAGCUUCAAAUUGCCAAAGUGAAAGAGGAAGCUUUUAGCAGGAAAGAAAUACUUGAAAAGGUUGAGAAGUGGUUGGGUGCAUGUGAUGAGGAGUGCUGGCUUGAGGAGUAUAACAGGGAUGAUAACCGAUACAAUGCUGGAAGAGGAGCUCAUCUUACUCUCAAGCGUGCUGAGAAAGCUCGUUCUUUGGUUAAUAAACUUCCAGGGAUGGUGGAUGCAUUGGCUUCUAAAACCAUGGCAUGGGAGAAGGAGAGAGGCAUCGAGUUCACAUAUGAUGGUGUCCGGCUUCUUUCAAUGCUAGAAGAGUAUACUUUACUAAGGCAGGAGAAGGAGCAAGAACGUCGAAGGCAGCGGGACCAGAAGAAACUUCAGGGACAGCUGAUAGCAGAACAAGAGGCACUUUAUGGAUCGAAACCAAGUCCAUCAAAGCCUCAAAGUGUUAAAAAGGCUCCUAGAAUGUCAACCGGAGGUGCAGGUAAUAAUAGAAGACUUUCCCUUGGAGGAACAAUGCUUCAGACUCCUAAACUUGAUCCGAGUAAAGCCACUCCUCAUUCACGUCCUGGUAGGAAGAGUGAUAGAGUCCACCAUACUGACCAAUUAAAUUGCAACCCAGAUGAAGGUUUUACAGCUUCAUCCACUGGCAGUAGAGGUUUGGAAGUUCCUGGUCUACCCUUUAAGAAACACUCGUUUGGCACUCGUGAAGUAGAGUCACCCAUGAUGCGGAAACCUUUCUCACCAAUUUCUUCCACGGCGUCUUCGAAGACAAACAUUACGAACUUGUCAGAAGAUCAGAACAUAACACAUAAUGAGACAGUACGGAAAGCACUUCCUACAACCAAUAUGCCAUUCACAACUCCAUUGAAGACUGCUACUAAUGCUACGGAUGAUGAGAAUAGGACUCCAAAGGCAAUGCCAAUUCCUGUGGCUGCUACCCCAUCAACAUUGUCAGUUCCAAUGCAGACGGCUAUGACUCCGGCUCCUCCUCCAAUUCCUUUUGCUGCCAAUAUUGUUGAAGAAGUUCCUGAACAGAUUGAAUACUCUUUCGAGGAAAUCAGAGCUGGUUUUGUGCUUCCCAAGACACAUAUGAAGUCGAUGAUACAAGUAUGAUGAUAGUGUGACUUUCUGGGAACUUGUAGGUUACUUUUGUGGACUUGAGAGCAUUUUAUUGUUAUUUUUUCAUUAUUUUUUGACAUCUUCUAAUUUUCAAGUCAAUUUGUAAAUUGGCUUCUCUGAAUUGUGUACAUAGUCUACGAUCACUGAACGUGGACUAAAAUGUCUGAACCUGUUCUCUCAUGAUCAAUGUGAUCUUAUACUGUCCAAUUAGCUUUCGUUUCAAUUUAUCUGAGAUAAGGUUUUUUGUUUA